AUGGCUUUCACUCAGACUGUUCAUCAGGCCGAGUACCACCAUUCAUCACGCCGCCAGUUCAAGUGGCAGAAUGUACUCUUCAUAGUGGCUGCAAGUCUCGGCUCUUGCAUGUAUGGCUACUCCGCAUCGGUGAUAUCGACCACGUUGAUCCAGUCUUCAUUUAUCAAAGUGAUGGGAUUGGAUACUGCAGCAAAUGCGUCAGACUUGAAAGGGUUGACUGGAAGUAUGUACCAGGUCGGCGGCUUUUUGGGCACGUUCACCGUGUCCCCGAUCUCAGACAAAUGGGGUCGCAAAAUAGGCAUUGCCGUUCCAGCGGCUUGUGCCUGUGUGACGGCCGCUCUGCUGGCAGGAAGUGUCAACAUCAAAAUGUUCAUCGCUUUCAGAUUCCUUGCAGGAAUGGCGGCGUAUAACAUUGUGUCCUCGGUUCCAGUUUGGAUGAGUGAGGUGGCUCCGCCGAGUGUUCGAGGAGUCUUGGUUGAUAUUCAUGGUAUUAGUCUGCUGUUUGGUUAUGCCCUUGCUUCAUGGGUCGGAUUUGCGUUUUGGAAGCAGGGCAACGACAACGGGUGGAGAGCUCUCCAAGCUCUCAACGCCACGCCUGGAAUUCUCCUGCUAGGGUUUUUGCCAUGGCUACCCGAGUCACCAAGAUGGCUGCUCAUGAAUGAUCGUUACGAAGAGGCGGAAGCAGUUCUAAAGAAGCUGCACACCGAGGAAGAGGCUGCCGUCGAACUGGCGCAGAUUGCAACGCAAGUUCGCGUUGACAGAACGCUCGAGUCGUCAUACUGGUCUUUGAUUAAGAAACCGAGCUAUCGGAAGAGGGCGAUCAUGAGUUUUAUAAUCCCGGCUGGAAUUCAACUGAGCGGUCCGUUGGUUUUGAACAACUAUGGGCCAACGUUGUACGGUGCGCUGGGUUAUGACACAGAACAGCAGUUUCUGUACCAGAUCGGCUGGUAUACCGUGGCUAUCGGAGGAGGCUUCCUUGCACUCUUCGUUGUCGAGAGGGUUGCACGUCCCAAAUUGAUUGCUUUCGGGAUUCAAUUCUGUCUUUGCUGUCUGGCCAUCGAGGCAGCUUUGGUCGCCACAUACACCACACCAGAGGCGCUCGAACAUCCCAACGACAACGCGUUGAGAGCAUCCGUGGCCAUGCUAUUCGUAUAUGUGGUGAUGUGGGAGAUCUGUCUCGAUGGAACCCAGUUCGUUUAUAUUUCCGAGAUCUGUCCCAACCAUCUUCGUGCCAAAGGCAUCGCCCUCGGCAUGGCGGGUCUCUGCGCAAUGAACAUUAUGUGGCUGCAAGUUGCCCCGAUUGCGUUCCAGACCAUAAGAUGGAAGUUUUAUCUCUGCUUCAUCAUCCCCGGGACGGCCUUCGUUUGCUUCCUGCUUUACUGGUUCCCGGAUACGCGAGGAUAUCCCCUCGAGGAAGUGGCAAAGAUUUUCGGUGACGAAGAUGAGAUCUCCACUGCUCACAACUUACAUGAGCCGUCUGAGACUGUUGCAGUUGAAAAGGUUGAUGUUGGAGAAACCUUACUGGAGGCUAAUAGACAGGCUGAGACUAAGUCGCCCAUGAUGUUGGCUCACGUGGAGAGUGCUUGA